AGGAGCCCCGCCAUGGGCCGGCCGGCUCCUCCCAGCCUCGCCUCGCCUCGCCUCAGCCCACCGCUCCCGCCAUGCGGCUGUGGGUGCUUCUCAGCCUGCUGCUGCUGCAGGAAUCGCUGCCGCACGUUAUUGGACAGCCUACGAAGAGCAAGCGUCCAAAAGAACAUGGGGAAAACAAAAUCAAGCCUGUUAACAAAAAAGUAAAACCCAAAAUGCCCAAAAUGAAGGAGAGAGAAUCUGCAGACUCCUCUUUGAAGUCCCAGUCCAUACUGACACAGGUGAUGGAUAAAGGUCGUUUCCAGAAACUAGCUGCCACUUUAAGCCUGUCUGCAGGACAGAGCCUAGAGCUGCGGUGUAAGGGGAGUAAUGUUACUUGGAACUACCCUUCAUACCUGGACACCUUUAAAGACUCCAGACUCAGUAUAAAGCAGCUUGACAGGUACGGGCAGCUGAUCCUCGCAAACGCCACCGCGGCGGACACAGGGGAAUACAGCUGCUGGCUGCAGCUCUGCAACGGGAACAAAUGCAGGAAGGAUGAGACCAGAACAGGUUCAACGUACAUCUUUUUCUCAGAUAAAGAGGAGCUUUUUGUACCCACUCCUGGUUAUUUUGAAAUUGUCUACUUGAACCCAGACAAACCUGCAGUCAUCCCAUGCCGUGUUACUACUCCUUCAGCAAAAGUAACUCUACACAGGGAAUUUCCAGCAGAAGAAAUUGAAGCAGAUGGAACUGAUAUUAUUUAUGAUGUGAAGAAGGGUUUUGUCUACCAGCACCCUACUUCUGAUCAUAAAGGUAUUGUCUACUGCAAAGCAGAGUCACAGGGAGCACCUCAGAUUUCCAUCAAGUAUCACCUGCUGUAUGUGGAAGUUCCCAAGGGCCCGCCCUCAGCCACAAUUGCAGCAUCACCCAGUAGAGCAGAAGCCAGUGACAGUGUUCAUGUCACCUGCACGGUCCUGGGGGAGCCAGAUGUGGAUGUGAACUUCAGGUGGCGGUACCCAGGGCAAGAGUUUGAGAAGCCUGUGAUUAUCCAAAACUUCUGGAGAUUGAUCAACAGAGGAACUGGACAAACCACAAGAAUCUCAAAGAGCGUUCUUCUUGUUGAGGAUUUUGAAGCCAGAGAUGCUGGAAACUACAUUUGUGUGGCUCAGAACCUACACGGAGAAACAACAGUCGCUACUAAGGUGGAACUAAAUUGAUAGGAAAGGGUCCUGACAUAGAAUGAACUGUAUGUUAUUUGACAUUAUAACCGUUUAUUUUCUUCAUUAAUGUUUAAGUGAAGCUUUUUCUAUCAGUGUCUCAUUUCAUAUGUCAAUGCAUUCCAUAUUCACUAGCUUGAGAGGCCAAAGCCCCAAAGUUCCCUAUGCCCAGCAGGUAGGCAGGUGUCAGUUAAUAAACCUACUACGAAGCGUUACAGUUUAAGCUGGCACACACAUAGGGCUUAUUAUAUUUAGGAUAAGGUGCUCUUGGGCUUUCCUUUGCUACGACCUUUUUCCUCAGACUCUUUCCUAAGGUUAACCUACUGUAUGGUUUAUGCCUUUUUUGUGUAUGUGAGAACUGAGAGGACAUUAAAUAUCCUCAAAAAUCCACCAAGCAGGUGUAUCUCUUCUGGUGCUGUGCAAUUUUAGAGUACUGUACAUGUUUAAAACAAUGGAAAAAAAACCAAAAAAACUUACAGAAGUAGCCAAUAGAAAUGUUUAUUUUGUAAGAAUAAUUAAAUUUCUGAACAUUAUAAAAAUGUAAAUGUGUGUGU